GUGGAAUCUGACGAUAAUAACUUAUAUGUUAGCAACAGAGCUAACGACACACUUACUAUUCUUUAGUUCCGAGUUUCGAAGGUCCAAAGUCGGCAUCUGAGCCUCUGUCUUCCUCUGGGUCCGAGUUAUUUCCAUUACAGCCAUGUGGGCUUUGGUGGCUUUCUUCCAUGCUGGAAAGGGUGGCUGCUGUCAACUCGUCGCCUACAGUUCCCACAAUGCAUUGCGUUUGAGACGAGUGUUUGCUACCGCAGGGGGCAUCGGGAUUGAUAGGGAUGUUUCCAUCAUGGCGGCAUCCAUUUCAGGUUAUACUUUUAGUUCUGUGUGUUAUCACAGCGCAAACAGCAACUCAGAUCAUGAGGGCUUCCUAUUAGGAGAAGUAAGGCAAGAAGAGACUGUCAGCAUCAGUGACGCACAGAUCAGCACUGCAGAAUUGCUACAGGUAGUAGAAAUCCAUAACCAUGAUCCUUGUGCACAGUUGUUUAGCUUUUAUGACUACGCAGGCAAAAUCAAUGAAGAAAGUCUCAACAGCAUUCUUAAAGAUAGGCGGAAAAACGUCAUCGGGUGGUACCGGUUUCGGAGGAACACGCAGCAGCAGAUGUCGUUCAGAGAACAGACCAUCCACAAACAGCUGACUCAGCUGCUUGGUGUGCCCGACCUCGUCUUCCUUCUUUUCAGCUUCAUCUCCACAGCCAACAGCUCCACACACGCACUGGAGUAUGUGCUCUUCAGACCUAACCGCAGGUACAACCAGAGGAUCACCCUCUCAAUCCCAAACCUCGGCAACACGAGCCAGCAGGAAUACAAAGUGUCCUCCGUGCCCAACACCUCACUUAACUACACCCAGGUCAUCAAAGAGCAUGGGGCUGAAUUCUUCGACAAAGAUGGUGUGAUGAAGGAUAUUCGAACAAUAUUCCAAGUCUACAGCGCACUACAAGAUAAAGUGCAGGCUGUGUGUGGAGAGGUAGAACAAAGUGAACGAGAGAAGGAGAAAAUUCAAGAGGACGUGAACAAACUCAAAGAACAAAUUGCUCUCAGGAAACGCAAGACGGAAGAAGAAGAAAGAAGGCUCCAUGAGUCCCAGAAUGCAGACUCCCAUUCCACUUCAGAGGAGAUCACAGACCCGUCUGAGGCUUCCUCUCUAUCCAGGAUAACUUUCCACACACCCUCAGCCCCGGAGAGACCCAGUACCUCACCUAACCCCCCAUCUUAUUCUGACCUCUUGUCACAGGGUGACUCUCUGCUCUCAUCUUCUUCCCCGCCCACAAGCGCUGCUCUUCUGCCCAGGCCCCAAGCUGUGGGUUCUCCGGGACACCCCAACCCUGGCCCACUCGGGAUGGGCCUGGGCCUCGGGCUAGGCCUUGGCCACGGCGCCACCUCUAAUCCUGUCACCACUCCCAGUAGCCCAUAUCUUGGCAAUGGUGACGGAUCAAGCUCUGACUCGUUAGAUAGACAAGCUGCGGGGCAGGAGGACGAUGAGGAAGAUGAGGACGAGGAUGAUGAGGAAGAUGAGGACAGUAGUGAAUAUGAGAACUUACUGAGCGAGGCCCCACAUCUGCCAAUGGUCUCUGCAAGUGUUUUAGCGCAAGGCCGACCGGCUGCGCUUAGUCCUGAUGGGGACGCUCGUGGCUCACAGACCACAUAGAAGCAUGCCACAGGGUGUGUACGGGACACAAGUUAGUGACACACCUUAAGAGGUUGGCAUCUCAAGCAAUCAAAGAUAGACAAAUAUAGACAAAAGAAGUGCCAGUCCUGAAAGUGAAAGGCAUGCACAGGUGGUGUCCCGCUGUGAGUAUUUUUCCUCAUCUUAGUUUGAUCUCCAUUUUAAGGGGAAACUUCACUAGGCUUCAGGCUCAACAGGUGUGUCUCUCACUGGGGGAAAAGCGUCUUAUUUAAUAUGUUCUUUAUGGAAUGGGGUCAGUCUUGGUACUCCAGUGUGGAUGUGUCUGGUUUCAGGGCUGGAAGUAGAUACCACAGAGCAAAACAUGCCAACUGGUUGGCAAGCUUGCUCCCUAAAAGACAGGCCCCACUCCACGCUUUCUGUCCCUUUUUUUUUUUUUUUGUUUGUUUGUUUUUUUUGUUUCACAUUUGCAUCACCAAUUCUGAGCACCCACUCUUGCAUUACCUCUUGCACAUUUUUUUGCCUUCCUUUAAACAAAUUAUCUCAGAAAAAGAAUGGGAAAAAUAUUUUGCAGCUUUCAAACAAUUUUUUAAAAACGAUAUAGGCAAAUGGUUGUUAAGUUUUUAUUUUUAAUUUGAAGAAAGAGAUAUAUUUCUAAUUAGAGUUUCUUUAACAUGCACAUUUUCUUAUUUGAUUUUGGACUUCUGACAUGUUGUUUACCAUGUUCCACAGUCUUUCAUUAAUCAUACAGUUGCCUAUUUAAAUGAUAAAAAAAUAGAUUUCAAACUAAAUUUACUCUGCCACUUCUUUAAUGGGUGCUUUAUAUAUACAUAUAUACUAUAUAUAUAUAUUUUGUCGAUUAACAGUUAAUCUAAUUUGAUUGACAAGAAUGUCAAUGUCUUGUUCCUCUUGGAUAACACUGAAAUUGUAUGCGCUUUGCUGCACUUAACAAAAUUUAAAAUUUCUUUAUAAUUGUGCUUUACCAAUGCUGAUAUGUUGUGCCACUUGAGUCGUCCUCUCUGACCACCCUGAGCCAAACCCGGCUCAGUUUUUUGUGUGUUGUACGGGGUUCACAGGGCAAACACAAUGUACUGUAGCUUUACUAACCAAUGCUUAAGGUUCCCUUUCUGCUGCUGCAACCGAGAGAGCUACCACUAAAAAAAACUGCAUUUGUCCGUCUGUUUUUCUUCUUUACAUAAAAACUUGGCUGCUACUUCCACUUCACCAGGCUGGUUGUCUCAAAUACUACUGAUCGUGAUCGUAUAACCACUUCAAGUUCACUUCUCACUGACUUGUUCUCUAUUAAAGUCAAAUGCAAGGCUGAUACCCCUUGUAGUGUGUGAAUUUCAACCUUGGGAACAGAGUGUGCGAACACCUCCCCGUCUUGGUAUAGCUGAAAGCAGACCCCAAGCAUUCUGACCUGAUCAAGUCACUGUUAUGUGUACGGACCUGGAUAAUAUGAUAGAAAUAUUCUAACCUUGCUUCAGUAUACAGUGCCUUUCACUUGGGGCAGUUUCUGUCUGCACAUGAAACAUCCACAGAUCUCAUUUAUUUCAGGGGUAAGGUCAUAAAAAUGUGUUGCGUUUGCAAUAAUUGACUGCUAGCUUAUUUUCCUCAGUUGCCUCCUUCCCCAUGUCCUGUUUUAUCUACCUGAACAAUACUUCCUAAAGCUGUGCUUUCUUUUUUUUGACUUUCACUGAUGACUUCUAAGUGGACAUGGUUGCAGCUGUGGCUUUGCUUGCAUUGACAUCUGAAACUGGAAUUUAAACUGUAAUGUCAGUGGGAAUGAUAACUGAUACUUUCAGCCAAGCAGAGUGGGUAAUGAUGAGCAUGACAGAAGUGCAGAUGUUUGGUUUUUUAAACAUCUGGCCUGUUUGAAAACAAAUGAGUAACAAGGGGUUGAGUAAUUGGAUGCUGGAUGUGGGACGCCCUCCUUGCAUGAACUGGUUUCAACACUGUUACAUUCAGCAUGGACAGACAUUUGCGCUGUGGAGGACUUCUUACAUCAGCAGGUUACACUCAGUUUGAAAAUGAAGACACGUUGUCGGGAGAAGCUAUUGCCUUGUGAACAAGCUCCGCUUUAUAUACACAGCCUGUUUGUAUAUCAUGUUUUCUGCCUUAGGGUUAUUUACUUUGCCCUGAUGUGUAAUGCCAAUGCAUCACUUAUCAGGAACUGGCACUCAAAAUGUUACUUAUUAAUCACCAGGAGUAACACAAUCACUUAUAAUGUUAAAGAAAUGACAAAAUAAUUUGUUAGGAGUAUGGUUCCCUUUGAGUACUGGAAUAUAAUAAAGAAAUGUUUAAUGAAUGUAUAGUAGACAAAGGAGGGGGUAGCAUUUAAACAGCACUUACUGUAUAAGUUUGUAUAAGUUGAGUGUUGUGGUGGUAUAGAGUAUACAUUCUCAAUCUUAGUCCUCACCUUUUAUCCUGGUCCUCAGUCCCUAGAUGAUUGCUUCUAAUAAGUCUCUCUUUCUGCUCUGGUGCUGAGGGCCACUGGUAUAAAGUAUACGAGGACUUUGAUUGUUAGGAUCCUAUACCUUUCAAGUUCCAACAUAGUACAAAUACAGAUACACACAAGUACUCUUACUGUAUGGGUCGACCCUUCCCGUCCUUCCCCUAAUGGGCCAUUGCAACAUCAACACCUCCCUGAAAGCACAAAGUCCAGUGCACAGCUUUGGAUCUUCUGAGCUCGUAUCUGGAUACGUGAACUUGACAAAAGCAGACCAAGGACUUCCUUGGAAAGCACAUAGAAAUGUGGGGGAUAAUAAAUGACAUGCAUAUGUGA